AACCAGCUUAAGGAAUCUCUAUCAUGUAUGAGAAUAUCAAUAUAUAAUAUCCAUCUUGUUACAGAAAGAUCUGGCAACACCAGAGAGAGAGUGGCACGUGCAAGAUGGACGGCCCUGAUUAAUGUAUGCGACUGGAGAUCGUCCGGUCCAAGUAGAACCCUGAAUAAAGUAUUCAGAGUAAGUUUUGUAUUACUGUCUUACUGGGGGUCUUAAGUGCGUCACGAACAGCGUGAAAACACAAAGAAAACCAUAUAAAACAAUUACUACCAACCAGGGACACCAGUUUGAAUCACGUUUGUUUCGGUCUUUGGCUAUUCUAAUGGGUUCCAAGCACAUACAUACAUGCUCCUUUCACCCCCAGGCUAAUGGUAUGAUCGAAGGUUGGCAUCGGACAUUAAAAUGUGCCCUGAAAACCUACUUAACAGAACGGUGGACGGAGAUACUCCCUACCGUACUACUUGGGUUAAGGACAACGUUCAAGCCUGACCUACAAGCAACGUCCAGUGAGUUAGUCUACGGACAGACAAUACGUUUACCAGGUGAAUUCUUCGAUCCUACCCCAGCGGACAUAAACACUGCAGAUUUCAUAAAGACACUAAAGUCUUUCUUCAAAAACUUAACACCAACGCCGGCAGCAUCGCAUGGGGAGCCCAAACUUUUUGUUCCCAUGCAUUUAAGAGACUGUAGCCACGUUUUUCUACGUUACGAUGCUGUACGCGCCCCACUACGCCCUCCCUACGACGGACCAUUCCCCGUAGUGGAAAAGGGAGACAAAUUCUUCAAAAUUAAAAAAAAUAACAAAGAAGUGGUCGUCUCCAUCGACAGACUGAAACCUGCCUUUAUGCUCAAGGAGAAAGACUCAAUCAGCCCUGCACAGCCGGUGAUAGACCAACCCAGCAACAAGAUGGCUGGGCAUACUCACCAACCAGAACCCGCAUAUGAGACG